GGUAAAUGUAUCCUCUUCCACAAGGAUGGAAGGAUCAGUGGAAAAAAAGUUUCCCCCCGUUAUUGAGCUCAAUGUGGGAGGAAAGCACUACACAACCACUUUACUGACCUUAGUGAAAUGUAAGGACACAAUGCUAGCUGCUAUGUUCAGUGGAAAUUAUGAUGUUAAAAAAGAUCAACAUGGGCGGUACUUUAUUGAUGCUGAUGGGGAGAAUUUCCACUACAUCCUGAACUACCUCCGAUAUGGAGAGCUUCCUCCAAAGGAAAUUGCCCCAAAGAUCUACAGAGAGGCUGCAUACUUUGGGCUACAAAGAAUGGUAGAGGAGCUGGAGAAACAUCCAUCCUUUCUUGCCAGAAUCCACAGGGAAAGCUUCAGGGCCCAGUUUCCAGGUUACACAAAACUUGUAAAUUCCAUCAUCAACAAAAUUUAUCAGGAGUCUUCCAAAAAUACAGAAACUAUUUCAUCAAUAAUGGUUACACUUUUUGCCAAAGACAAAAAGCCAAAGCUUGAAACAUUCGAUAAGAACCACUGGUGUACGAUGAAAGCCAGGAACAAGAAACAAACCAAGGUGGACUUCAUCCUGGGUCCUUGGACAAGCAGAACGACAGAGAAAGAGGUUAUGGACUGUAUUGCUUAUGACCUCAAGGAGCGGGGGUUUAACCUGACCAAGGAAGCUAUAGGUCAGUGUUCAUAUAAAUGUGACAGUCCACCAGAUUACCCAGGGGAAGCAACUGUAGAAAACUGUCCCAAAGCCAUCUACAAAAUAACAUUCCACUGGUGGAAAUGAAGUUGCAUGUUUUUGUUUGUUUGAACUACCUCAAUAAUGUCCUGUAUGUCUAAGAAUGUCAGUUUAUUUUAAUAAACUUAAGGACUUUUAAUGAUUCCAAUAUGUACAUGUAUGUAAAUGUAUAGCUUCCUUUAAGAAGUCAUAGUUGUUAAUGUUUUUUUUAUGUACAUAUUGUAAUUGUUGUUUGCACUGAAUUUCUUUACCCUCAGUUGUACAUAGAUGUUUUAUUGAAAGAUAUAUCUUUUCAUGAAGAUAAACUUUUAUAUAGUUUUAGUAUUUUUAGUAUAUUAAG